UGAAUGUAGGCGUGAGGUGGUACGUCUGCGGAGACAGUAGACGGACGAGGACGAUACUGAACAACAUGGCCGCCUUGUCUAUUGUUGUUGCGCUGACCGUUGUGAUUCUUGGAGCUGAUGGCCAAGGUAGUACACUGAUGCCAACGGUGGCUUUCACGAAAGGACAGACCUCACAUUUACAUCUACUUCAGGGAGAAACUCUGAAUUACGACAAAAUCAUCACAUCCGUCGAUGCCAACAUUGGCAGCGAUGGCGUCUUUAACGCAACUAAGACAGGCCUCUACGCCUUCCACUUCUACUCCCUUACCCGUCAGAACACAGAGCUGUGGAUUGAGCUGUACAAGAACACACAAUUGGUAUGCUCAGCUUAUGCACACACCCCAAGUCCAAGUGGAUUUGCUGACGCCGGGAACUCCGCCCUGCUUUAUCUCAACCCCGGUGACCAAGUGUACGUAAAGGCUCAUGAUCAGUACGACAAUUCGAUUUAUGGGGCUGCGGACGAGAUCUAUACUACCUUCACCGGAGUUCUUAUGCAUUCCGGAUUCUUCGAUCAUGAAGGCUUCGAUCAAAACAAACCACAUGCGUUUUCGGUGGGUUUAAACGUGAACCAAUCCAUCACUGAUGGAGGCAAAGUGGCGUAUAACGAGGAUUUCAACAAUAACGCAGCUAUGGCAGGGUACAACUUCACCAGUCAUGACUUCAUAGCACCUGAUGAAGGUUACUAUAUCUUCCAUCUCCACGCAUUGGCUUUAGCCGAUAAGGAGGUGUAUCUGGAGCUGUUCAAGAACGCCGAUUACGUACUGUCUGCGUAUGCAUAUACAACUAACGAAUGGGGAGAUGCUGCAAAUAGCGUCAUUCUUCAUCUGCAAAAAAACGACGAUGUGACCAUUAAGGCAAACCCUCAAUAUGACGUAGAACUUUUCGGAGCUCAAUCCCAGGUGUACUGCACAUUCUCUGGAGCCCUCCUGUCAAAGACGGUUUCUGGGAAUAACGGCGGGCCUAGCGGAUUCAGUGAAGUCGCUUUCUCAGUGGGCUUAACAAACAAUCUCAACAUCACCGCCUACAAAAAGGUCCUCUGGAAUUUACCAUUCUCCAACUUAGGGAAUGGCUUUGACAUGAGCACGGGAACAUUCACAGCCAAGAUCCCCGGUGUCUACGUGUUCCACUUCCACGGGCUGUCCGAGACCGGCGAGGAACUUUACCUAGAGCUUUACCACAACUUCAUGUACGUCGUGUCCGCCUACGCCUACGACGCGAAUUCGUACGCGGCGGGAAGUAACGCGGUAACACUCACCCUAAUGAGUGGUGACGUGGUCUACGUCGGGGUCCAGAGUGCGUCGAUACUUUAUGGAACGCACAGUGAGGUAUAUUGUACCUUUUCUGGAUACCUACUGUCACCAUUGGACCAGUCUCAGCCAAUUGUCGGUUGAAGGUUUUGUCAUUUGGUUUUCAUAAUAAAGUAUAAAAUUCCUUG